AUGACUGUAUUGAGUGUGAUUUAUCAGUUCGACCGCGUCAACAGGGAAUUUCAUGCAACCUUUGUGAGAGAUGGCAACACCGAACAUGCAAUUCAGGAAAGCUCGUUAGUGCACAGCGACGUCGACGCAGAGAUGACCGAUGUUUCAGAUGUUUACUCGUCAGUGAACAGCGACGUCGACGCAGAGAUGACAGAUGUUCAAUCGUCAGUGAACAGCGACGUAGAUAUACAGGGCCGGGACGCUGUCCACGAGUGGCCUCUUGAAGAGGUGCAGUACGUUCUACAGACCAGUGUGUCUCAGUUUCCCGAGGAGCUGUUGGUGCAGAACUACAUCAACGGCUUUGGAAAAGUCGAGAGCCUGCUAACUCCCUCCAUUACAAUUAAGAAAUUGUGGAUAGUUUGGAAUGGGCAGACAGUCAUUGUUGGGGGCUCGGGCACCUGGACCACGUGGGGCCAAUGGAACUCGUGCAGCGGGUGCAUAGCUUUCCCCACAAAACCAACCCCCAAGACUCUGGAAACCAAACCACCCACAGCCAAGGCACCAACAAGCACCUGGGCCACGUGGGGCGAAUGGACCUCGUGCAGCGGGUGCCAAGCUAUCCCCACAAAACCAACCCCAAAGGCUCUGGAAACCAAACCACCCACAGCCAAGGCACCAACAAGCACCUGGGCCACGUGGGGCGAAUGGACCUCGUGCAGCGCGUGCCAAGCGAUCCCCACAAAACCAACCCCCAAGGCUCUGGAAACCAAACCACCCACAGCCAAGGCACCAACAAGCACCUGGGCCACGUGGGGCGAAUGGACCUCGUGCAGCGCGUGCCAAGCUAUCCCAACAAAACCAACCCCCCAAGCUCUGGAAACCAAACCACCCACAGCCAAGGCACCAACAAGCACCUGGGCCACGUGGGGCGAAUGGACCUCGUGCAGCGCGUGCCAAGCUAUCCCCACAAAACCAACCCCCAAGGCUCUUGAAACCAAACCACCCACAGCCAAGGCACCAACAAGCACCUGGGCCACGUGGGGCGAAUGGACCUCGUGCAGCGCGUGCCAAGCUAUCCCCACAAAACCAACCCACAAGGCUCUGGAAACCAAACCACCCACAGCCAAGGCACCAACAAGCACCUGGGCCACGUGGGGCGAAUGGACCUCGUGUAGUGCGUGCCAAGCUAUCCCCACAAAACCAACCCCCAAGGCUCUGGAAACCAAACCACCCACAGCCAAGGCACCAACAAGCACCUGGGUCACGUGGGGCGAAUGGACCUCGUGUAGCGCGUGCCAAGAACCGACAACAACUGAGGCUCCAGUAACCACACACCCAACAUCUAAGGCACCAGAAACUAAACCACCAGCAACCCAGGCUCCAGAAACCAAACCACCGACAACCAAGGCUCCAGAAACUAAACCACCAACAACCCAGGCUCCAGAAAUAAAACCACCGAUAACCCAGCCUCCAGAAACCAAACCACCAACAACCCAGACCCCAGAAACCAAACCACCAACAACUCAGGCUCCAAUAACAAUACCACCAACAACUAAGGCUGUGGAAACACAACCAUCAUCAUCGCAGGCUCCAGAAACCAAACCACCAACUACCCAGGCUUCAGAAACUAAAUCACAAAUAACCCAUGCUCCUGAAACCAAACCGCCGACAACCAAGGCUCCAGAAACUAAACCACCAACAACCCAGGCUCCGGAAACAAAACCACCGAUAACCCAGGCUCCAGAAACCAAACCACCAACAACCCAGGCUCCAGAAACUAUACCACCAACAACACAGGCUCCAAUUACAAUACCAUCAACAACACCGUCAACACAGGCUCCAGAAACUAAACCACCAACAACCCAGGCUCCAGAAACCAAACCACCAACAACCCAGGGUCCAGAAACUAAACCACCGUCAACACAGGCUUCAGAAACUAAACCACCAACAACCCAGGCUCCAGAAACCAAACCACCAACAACUCAGGCUCCAGAAACCAAACCACCAACAACUCAGGCUCCAGAAACCAAACCACCAACAACGCAGGCUCCAAGGACUAAUCCACCAACAACCCAGCCUCCAGAAACCAAACCACCAACAACCCAGGCUCCAGAAACUAAACCACCAACAACACAGGCUCCAAUUACAAUACCACCAACAACUAAGGCUCCGGAAACCAAACCAUCAACAACCCUUGCCCCAGAAACAAAACCACCAACAUCCCAGGCUCCAGAAACCAAACCACCAACAACUCAGGCUCCAAUAACAAUACCACCAACAACUAAGGCUGUGGAAACACAACCGUCAUCAUCGCAGGCUCCAGAAACCAAACCACCAACUACCCAGGCUCCAGAAACUAAAUCACCAAUAACCCAUGCUCCUGAAACCAAACCGCCGACAACCAAGGCUCCAGAAACUAAACCACCAACAACCGAGGCUCCGGAAACAAAACCACCGAUAACCCAGGCUCCAGAAACCAAACCACCCACAACCCAGGCUCCAGAAACUAUACCACCAACAACACAGGCUCCAAUUACAAUACCACCAACAACACCGUCAACACAGGCUCCAGAAACUAAACCACCAACAACCCAGGGUCCAGAAACCAAACCACCAACAACCCAGGGUCCAGAAACUAAACCACCGUCAACACAGGCUCCAGAAACUAAACCACCAACAACCCAGGCUCCAGAAACCAAACCACCAACAACUCAGGCUCCAGAAACCAAACCACCAACAACUCAGGCUCCAGAAACCAAACCACCAACAACGCAGGCUCCAAGGACUAAUCCACCAACAACCCAGACUCCAGAAACCAAACCACCAACAACCCAGGCUCCAGAAACUAAACCACCAACAACACAGGCUCCAAUUACAAUACCACCAACAACUAAGGCUCCGGAAACCAAACCAUCAACAACCCUUGCCCCAGAAACAAAACCACCAACAUCCCAGGCUCCAGAAACCAAACCACCAACAACUCAGGCUCCAAUAACAAUACCACCAACAACUAAGGCUGUGGAAACACAACCAUCAUCAUCGCAGGCUCCAGAAACCAAACCACCAACUACCCAGGCUCCAGAAACUAAAUCACCAAUAACCCAUGCUCCUGAAACCAAACCGCCGACAACCAAGGCUCCAGAAACUAAACCACCAACAACCGAGGCUCCGGAAACAAAACCACCGAUAACCCAGGCUCCAGAAACCAAACCACCCACAACCCAGGCUCCAGAAACUAUACCACCAACAACACAGGCUCCAAUUACAAUACCACCAACAACACCGUCAACACAGGCUCCAGAAACUAAACCACCAACAACCCAGGGUCCAGAAACCAAACCACCAACAACCCAGGGUCCAGAAACUAAACCACCGUCAACACAGGCUCCAGAAACUAAACCACCAACAACCCAGGCUCCAGAAACCAAACCACCAACAACUCAGGCUCCAGAAACCAAACCACCAACAACUCAGGCUCCAGAAACCAAACCACCAACAACGCAGGCUCCAAGGACUAAUCCACCAACAACCCAGACUCCAGAAACCAAACCACCAACAACCCAGGCUCCAGAAACUAAACCACCAACAACACAGGCUCCAAUUACAAUACCACCAACAACUAAGGCUCCGGAAACCAAACCAUCAACAACCCUUGCCCCAGAAACAAAACCACCAACAUCCCAGGCUCCAGAAACCAAACCACCAACAACUCAGGCUCCAAUAACAAUACCACCAACAACUAAGGCUGUGGAAACACAACCAUCAUCAUCGCAGGCUCCAGAAACCGAACCACCAACUACCCAGGCUUCAGAAACUAAAUCACAAAUAACCCAUGCUCCUGAAACCAAACCGCCGACAACCAAGGCUCCAGAAACUAAACCACCAACAACCCAGGCUCCGGAAACAAAACCACCGAUAACCCAGGCUCCAGAAACCAAACCACCAACAACCCAGGCUCCAGAAACUAUACCACCAACAACACAGGCUCCAAUUACAAUACCACCAACAAUACCGUCAACACAGGCUCCAGAAACUAAACCACCAACAACCCAGGCUCCAGAAACCAAACCACCAACAACCCAGGGUCCAGAAACUAAACCACCGUCAACACAGGCUUCAGAAACUAAACCACCAACAACCCAGGCUCCAGAAACCAAACCACCAACAACUCAGGCUCCAGAAACCAAACCACCAACAACUCAGGCUCCAGAAACCAAACCACCAACAACGCAGGCUCCAAGGACUAAUCCACCAACAACCCAGCCUCCAGAAACCAAACCACCAAUAACCCAGGCUCCAGAAACUAAACCGCCAACAACACAGGCUCCAAUUACAAUACCACCAACAACUAAGGCUCCGGAAACCAAACCAUCAACAACCCUUGCCCCAGAAACAAAACCACCAACAUCCCAGGCUUCAGAAACCAAACCACCAACAACUCAGGCUCCAAUAACAAUACCACCAACAACUAAGGCUGUGGAAACACAACCAUCAUCAUCGCAGGCUCCAGAAACCAAACCACCAACUACCCAGGCUCCAGAAACUAAAUCACCAAUAACCCAUGCUCCUGAAACCAAACCGCCGACAACCAAGGCCCCAGAAACUAAACCACCAACAACCGAGGCUCCGGAAACAAAACCACCGAUAACCCAGGCUCCAGAAACCAAACCACCCACAACCCAGGCUCCAGAAACUAUACCACCAACAACACAGGCUCCAAUUACCAUACCACCAACAACACCGUCAACACAGGCUCCAGAAACUAAACCACCAACAACCCAGGCUCCAGAAACCAAACCACCAACAACUCAGGCUCCAGAAACCAAACCACCAACAACUCGGGCUCCAGAAACCAAACCACCAACAACGCAGGCUCCAAGGACUAAUCCACCAACAACCAAGUCUCCAGAAACCUCCACUGCUGAUGCGGCUGAUUUCACAACGUUAGAACCGGUAAAUGGCGCCUGGAGUGAGUGGGGCGGUUUCACCGCGUGCAGCGCCACGUGCGGCAAAGGUCAGAGGUCACAACAACGCUACUGUAACAGCCCAGCGCCCAGCAACGGUGGAAAGCCUUGUGUUGGUCAGACGCUGAAAAUGUCACAGUGCAUGGAGAAGGAGUGCCCGUCAGAUGGCGCCAAGCUCGGAUAUGGAGCGAAUUACAAGCAGGAAUAUCGGGACCAGUGGGAUUUUGAAAAACAAAUGUAA